GAGAAACAACUGACAAUUAACAGCCCAGAAAACAAGUAAUUAUGUCUGUCGCCUCAUCCCAGCAAAGCUUUCUUGCAAACGCUCUCAUUCCUCAGACCCACAAACCCAAAACUAAGUUCUUCACUGCACCAAACACUAUCUCAUGCAAAAGAAGCUCCUCAUCAGAUGAUGAUCAUCAGAAAGGCCUUUACAGAAAGAAAGAGAACCAAUUUGCAAAGCUGGCAAUGGUGACAUUGGCAGCUGGUGUGUUGACUCUAGGCUCUGUUGAUGAUGCUUCAGCUGCCAAGAGUGGGGGUAGAGUUGGCGGUCAGGCGUUUCGGUCUUCGGCACCUCGGUCUUCCUCCCCUAGGAUCAAUAACAAUUCCAGGACCAAUAUAUACAUCAAUCCUCCUGUUGCUCCGCCAUUAGUCGGUGGUUAUGGGUAUGGUUAUGGAUCACCAUACUAUGGUGGGUGGGGUUGGUCACCAUUUUCAUUUUUCGCCCCAGGUCCUAGUGUUGCUAUUGGCAUUGGUGGUGGCUUCCAACUGUUCGCUAUAGCUGUGUUUCUUGGUGCCAUUGCUGCUGUGGCAAGGAGAUUCAAUGCUUCAAGAGAUGAAGAAGAUGAUGAUUACUAUUAAUAGAACUUAUGUUGUUACCAAGUGAGCAGGAUAUGUUGUACUUUAGCGGCUACUAGACAUUUUGAGUAGCCAUCCUGCUGGUAAAUAUAGUAGCAUCUUGUAAUCUUGAUUUCCCACGGUUAUUAAUGUAACAUAAUUAUGUGUAUAC